CAGACGAAGAGUUUGUUGUACCGAUGGACGUAGGCUGAAGGCUACUGCAGUUAAAGGCACUGUCAUGAGGAAACAGCGUGCUGAUUGUGUGUGCGUACAGUGCGAAGCCAACAAGUGUCAUCUAUGAUACAGGAUCCGUUGGUCAUUGGGUCAUUUCGCUUGGAAAUGUGACCUGAGGCCGCAGUUUCCUUGUGAACGUAGCAGUUCUGGUUGAUUUGUGUUGAAGUGCUGGGGAGAAUGCCCAGAAUCUUCCCUGCAACGUGGAGGACCACUCAGUGCCGAUCGCCCACUAAACUGCCCGUCACUUGUGUGUGUAAGCCUGAAACCAUUUGUCCUGAAAGAAGGUCAUUUCACACAUAAAGUAAUAGGUUACUUAGAAAGGAAGGUCCUACCUCUUACCCUCAACCCUCUGAAGUGCCUCUGCAAACGUCGUGAACAGCAGGCGCGCACGCUGGACGCUUGCUGCACACGGAGCGGCGUGUGACCGUCAGGAAGGUAUGUUUUUUCGACAGUAACUGUAACAUUUCCUGUGUUUUUUAUAUUCGUGUCUGCCGUAAUUUCUCCACGAAUUUGGGGGGAUGUACAGGCUUCUUCCCUCGGUCCUUGCAAUCGCAGCAUGCGCUUUGCCUAGACAGUUGUAGACUCGAGGUUCUUUUGGUCGGUCAUCUGGCCGUUUUCUGUGCAAAGCGGAAGGGGGAACUGUGAGCAGGCAAAUCAGUUUUUCACUAGUUUGUAGUAAGAUGAACGCUGUUGAGACUGUUGGUGGCGUGCUUCAGGGUGACAAAGCGGGGUCUUCACCGCGAGAAAAGCGACCUGAAGGUGGGGCCAGCACGAAUUUUGUGUCUAUGCCGUUUUUCCUCUAUGUGUUCAUCACAUUGAUCGUUAUUUGCCACGCUCUUGCAUUUGCCGCUUGGCUGUUUUACUUCUUGAAAGAUCUUGCAGCGAACAAAACAGCGUCCGUGAAAUUGCCGUCCGUGAAAUCGGCCCCAGUUAAGAGGCAGAAGCUCUACCCUGACACUCUUUCUGGGCAGUCUACGACAGCGCUUAAGGGAGGGGUGUCUCCACACGCGAUAUCGCCAGAAUCGUUACGACUUCGGAAACCGCCUGUUUCGACGUCUGCAGGGUCUUCCGCGUCCCUGAAAGACGCUAAUCUGCAGUCGCAGAGCGGCCCCUCUUCCUCUAGUAGCUCUCGUGAAAAAACCAACAACGAAUGAACCUUUUGGUUAUUUCGUGUUGUUUUCUGCUCACCCUUGCGUGCCUCUUUGAGCCUCAUGAACAGUUUCUCGUCGCUGUACCUACGAGAGCGUCUACAACUCUACGCGUGCAGCCGAUUCAAAAAGCGAGCUGUCACUUGAGAAAACAGAGAACGGCCACCUUCUCUCACUUCCAUUCAGACGUUCGAAUCGUCUGGAUGCACUCAGUUUAUGGGAGUGAAGUAGCUGAUUCCCUCAUGUCCGGAACAGAACCUGCGGGAAGUGACUACCACCAGAGAGACGACAUGGGGCAAGCUGCAACAUAUUUCCAGAAGAAAAACACGACGUUCAUCUCUUUUGAAGACCUCGCCGAUGACGUUCGGAAGGCAAAAUAUGUCGUGGCUCUCACCGGCGCGGGGGUCUCUGCCGAAAGUGGCAUUCCGACAUUCCGCGAUCCCUCUGACGGCUUGUGGAAGAAAUAUGACCCGACGGUAUACGCGACAAUUUGGGGGUUCUGGCGAUACCCUCACAAGAUCUGGGAGCUUCUCCUCGAUUUCCUGAGGACAAAUGACCCGAUGCCGAAUGCGGCGCAUGUGGCGUUAACAGAUCUCCAGAGGCUUGGGUACCUGAAAUUCAUUGUAACGCAGAACGUUGACAAUCUUCACCAGGACUCGGGAUCCACCAACGUCAUCGAGUACCACGGUAGUCUUCUCUCUGCUACGUGCCGGCAAUGUGGGAAGAAAAUGCGUCUCUCCAAGUCUAUGCUGCAAGAUGAAAACUUCGCAAAGGACCUUCCCCCGAAGUGCGCUUGUGGCGGAAUCUUCAAACCCGAUGUGAUUCUGUUUGGAGAAGGCAUUCCAGCGAACGCCGUGCGGGACGCGAAUCGAGAAGUGGACAAGUGUGACCUGCUUUUGGUUGUUGGGACCAGCGCUUCUGUCAGCCCUGCCUCUGACUUGCCAUAUCGGGCGAUGCGUGGUGGUGCGAAAGUUGUUGAGGUUAACUUAGAGACAACAGGACUAACAAACCGUAUCAGCGAUAAGUUUGUUCAGGGGCGGGCGAGCCAGUUGGCUCAAACAGUGAAGGCGCUGCAAAGGAGAUAGGGGCACCGUAACUGAAACGCAGUCUUCUGCUCCGACAGAUAGUUGAUUCUCUUCUGUAGCCUCUCUACCUGGAUGAACGGUGACCAAAUCGUGUUUCGUUUCAGGCCGAGAGACGGACACGAAAUUCAGAACGCCAUGGCGGGGGGCUAAAUGGAAAGGCAGCUUCCUUGGCGGGGAUCUGGGUUACGACCCACCCCUGAUUUACGAGUUUACUCUUGGACUCUGUACUCCCGUGGUUCAUUUCUUUCUCCAAGCGCAACGUGACUCCCUUUUCAAUAGCGUGUUCUUCUGUUCCGCACCGGUGUGCGACGAAGUACAGCGACACGUCGAUGUUAAAAGU